CGCUCCCUUUCUCUGCGCAUACGGCGCACGGUUGAGCCGAUUUUCCUCGGUCAAUUCUAGCAUGAGCCGAAUGCGUGCUUCGCACCUGUACGGCCCAAAGUUCUCUCUUUAAGAAAAGAAAUGUUUCUUUGAGUGGUCUUCGUCGUUUUCUCUCUAUCUUUCUCUCUCUCUCUCUCUGUCGUUCUGAGAUUUCUCGGUGGAGAUUCUGUUUUCUUGGCGAGUUCACGUGGUUGUGGUUGUAGAUUCUACUGAGUUCAGUUCUGGGAGAGGAUCAAUGUCGUCUGACAUAAGGUAGAUUGAUUCCCGAUCGCUCUCUCUCUCUGUCUACUUCUGUUUCCGGUUGCUUCUUCUUCUCCUUCCUUUCUCCGCCGAGAAGUUCAUGGCAGCACAAGGGAUUGUCUGCAGCGGAUCUAGCUCUCUGGUUCGAUUUCCUACUGUUUGAGUUGUGAUUUUGCGGAUUUUGAGCUAGGGUUAGUUGUUUCUGCUGUUUUUUUUCCCUAUAAUCUGGUCUAGUUCUGGGAGAGGGAUGGGUACGAGGCAAGUUUUUCUGGGAGCAGUAGGACCUCCGAUAAAACCGAGAGCAGGAUUGCGAAGGGAACAAGCGGGAAGAGGAUCAUACAGAGGAAGCUAGUAGGUUGUUUUAGGUGAUCAAAGGCAAAAGGUUUUCUUGGGGACUGGCGUAAAGAGAGUGAUUUUCUUCAAUUGUUAGAGUUUUCGGAUAGAGAUACUUCGAACUGAUAAAGAAUCAAAGGAGGGUUUUGAGGGAGGUUCCUGUUUGGGGCUUCUGUUGGGGAGCUUCCUGUCCUGAUUAGUGUUUCUUUUGGAGAUCGGAUUUAGUUAAACCAUUAGAGUGGUUUUUGAUUUCGUGUGGGGGGUUUAGAUGGAUUCCACCUUGCAACAGAUACUGAGGAGCCUCUGCUCCAACUCAGGAUGGAAGUAUGCCGUCUUCUGGAAACUCAAUCAUCGUUCUCCAAUGGUAUUUACUUUGGAGGGUGCUUACUAUGACAAUGAUGAGCAGAGUAAACCUCUGGAGGUUAAGAGUUGCAAUGACACGGUAACAAAUUUGCAUAGUGGACGCUAUGCCCAUGACCCCCUUGGAUUAGCUGUGGCAAAGAUGUCAUAUCAUGCAUAUUCUCUAGGGGAAGGGAUUGUUGGCCAAGUUGCUGUUUCUGGACAACAUCAGUGGAUCUUCCCUGAAUAUUUUCUCAAUUCUUACUCGGCAUAUGAGAAUAUCUGGGGAAGUCAAAUUUCUGCUGGAAUUAAGACCAUUCUUGUGGUAGCUGCUGGUCCUUGUGGAGUUGUACAGCUAGGUUCUUUACACAAAGUUGAUGAGGAUGUGACUUUGGUGACUCGUAUCAGACAUUUGUUUUUGGCGCUUAAUGACCCAUUCAUAGACCACGCGACUGCCUUACUGCAAUGUAGCAUGAAUAGUUCAACAUCUGUGCCAACUAUACCUUCAGAAUGUUUACGUGUUGAGGCAUUCCCUGAUUGCUCAGGAGAAGUAGACAAAGCUGUGGAUGUGGAAGGGCCAAAUCGUCUGUUACAAUACGCAAGUAAACAAAGUGGCAGCUUCUUAAAUACUUCUCCUUUGUCAUAUCUUCAUAUGGAGAAGGCUGUUCAAGUAAUUCAUGGGCAUGGAGCUGGCCAAGUAUCCAUGUCUGGGAGUUAUCAGGAUCAUAAGCAUGCCUUUUCUGUUGAUUUAGCUGAUGCUAAACACGAGAAUCAAGCGGACACAGACAUAAUCCGCAAUGCACUUUAUGAGGGGGAAACUAGUAGCUGCAAAGAUUCGAAAAGAGGAUCAGAUCCUGAUUUGUAUCCAUAUUCUAGGAAUGAUGUUUUGAAUAGUGCAGACUCUUCUGCUUUUGCAAUUGAGGCUGGAAGGUUUUUUGCAGGUCAAUUAUAUUCUGAUCUCGAUUCAGCUGUUCACAGUGUCCUGAAAAUGGAUGCAGGACGUCCUCACCAAAUUGAGAUGCUCCAGCCAUCUGAAUGCCGAGGGAAAAAAUAUGUAAAUGAUUCAGAUCACAUGUCAGAGAGCCAGAGUGAGUCGAGUCAAUUUGAUGCUCUGAGUGUGUCUGUGUCUUCUUUUGCUGGCAGCGAGCUGCUAGAGGCAUUAGGGCCUGCUUUCAGUAAAAGAAACACCAAGUGUGAAGAGCAUGUGGAGUCUGAACCUGGAGCCACUGCAAGGCUGCCAGAUGAUUUGAACCAUAGCCAGCUGACAUUUGACUCCAGUGCUGAGAAUCUGCUAGAUGCUGUCGUUGCCAAUGUGUGUCAUAAUGACAGUAACAUCAGAUGUGAAAUACCAUCGAGUAGAACAAUGCAGUCUGUUCUUACGAAUGUUGAAAGGGCAGAACCUUCAGGCCAUGCAAAACAUGAUAUUGUUAGUUCGGUUGGGAGUGUGAUUAAUCAACUGGCUCUUGCAGAAAGAAGUACUCAACAGAAUCCAUCUGAUAUUUGUGGGGCAUUUUCUUCUAUUGGCUUCUCUUCUAACUGUCCCAGUUCCUCUAGUGAGCAGUUUCAGACUUCAAUGGAGAUGCCCAAGAAAAGUAAAAAGAGGGCUAAACCUGGUGAAAGUUCUCGGCCUCGUCCAAGGGACAGGCAACUCAUUCAAGAUCGUAUUAAGGAGCUUAGGGAACUUGUGCCGAAUGGCUCUAAGUGCAGCAUUGAUUCUUUGCUGGAACGCACGAUCAAGCAUAUGCUCUUUCUUCAGAAUGUCACUAAACAUGCUGACAAGCUCAAUAAAUGUGCUAAAUCGAAGAUGCAGCACAAGGAAAAUGGCAUUACAGGAUCAAAUAAUGCAGAACAAGGUUCAAGCUGGGCAGUGGAGGUUGGAGGGCAUCUUCAAGUGUGCUCAAUCGUAGUGGAGAACCUGAACAAACAAGGACUGAUGCUUAUCGAGAUGUUAUGUGAAGAAUGUAGUCAUUUUCUAGAGAUAGCCAACGUGAUCAAGAGCUUGGACCUCACCAUCUUAAGAGGCGUCACAGAGGCACAAGGCGAGAAAACAUGGAUCUGCUUUGUAGUUGAGGGGCAAAACAGCAAGGUAAUGCAUAGGAUGGACAUUUUGUGGUCACUGGUGCAAAUAUUUCAACCCAAGGCAUCUGCCAAGCGGUAGAAUGAAUGAAUGAAAGACAUAUUGCCUUUUGUUGUGUUGUCAUUGCCUCUUUUCCUCUUUUGUUUUGUUUUUAUAGAGAGUGUGUGUGUGUGUGAAUGUGUGUUGUUUGAUGAUUGCAUUUGCUUGCUUAGCUUUAAUGAAUCUCUCCGAGGAGGUUGUGAAGAUUUUUCCAAUUUGUUCAAAGCUUUGUUUUUACUCUAUUGUAAGCCCAGAUUCUGUGUAAGAAUACUACUUGGAUUUGUCCCAAUACCACUCGGCACAUAUAUAUA